UAUAUGUGACGUCAGGAUCUUUUCCGUUGAGAACGGCCAUUUUCUCUCUCCGGAUUUAACAAUUUGCUAACAGAUAUGGCUGACUAUUCAAACGUGGCUCCGCCGUCGGGAAAUGGCGCAGGAAUGAACGACGCUUUUAAAGACGCACUUCAGCGAGCUAGACAGAUUGCGGCUAAGAUUGGGGGGGACGGCGUCCCCUCCGCGGCGCCCUCAGGCAAUGAGUUUGGAUAUGGAGGCCAGAAGCGACCCCUUGAAGAUGCCGGUGAGUACGACCAACCGGAGACCAAGAAGGUGGCGCCUAACGACUCGUUCUCAGCAGCGAUGGGUAUGGGAGGAAUGGGAGGUGGAGGAAUGGGAGGUGGAGGAAUGGGAGGUGGAGGAAUGGGAGGUGGAGGAAUGGGAGGUGGAGGAAUGGGAGGUGGAGGAGGAUCACGGUCGUCGUCAGAGGAGUUCAAGGUUCCUGAUGGGAUGGUUGGAUUCAUUAUUGGAAGAGGAGGAGAACAGAUAUCGCGUAUGCAACAGGAGUCAGGCUGCAAAAUUCAGAUCGCACCCGACAGUGGAGGUAUGCCUGAUAGGUCGGUGACACUGACCGGAUCCCCAGACUCCAUACAAGCUGCCAAGAGGCUGCUGACGGAGAUCGUUGAUAAGGGUCGUCCUGCACCAGCCUUCCACCACAACGACGACGACGGCGGCGGCGGCCCCGGCAUGUCUGUUCAGGAGAUGCUGGUUCCUGCCUCCAAGGCUGGCCUGGUCAUCGGGAAGGGAGGAGAGACCAUCAAACAGCUGCAGGAGCGAGCCGGAGUCAAAAUGGUGAUGAUCCAGGAAGGACCUCAAAACACUGGCGCAGACAAACCUCUACGCAUCUCAGGCGAACCUUUUAAAGUCCAGCAAGCCAAAGACAUGGUGAUGGAGCUGAUCAGAGAACAGGGCUUCAGGGAGCAGAGAGGAGAGUACGGAUCCAGGAUGGGAGGAGGCGGAGGAGGAGGAGGAGGAGAGGGCCUGGAUGUUCCUGUCCCCAGGUUUGCGGUAGGAAUCGUGAUCGGGAGAAACGGAGAGAUGAUCAAGAAGAUCCAGAGUGACACAGGAGUCAGGAUCCAGUUCAAACCAGAUGACGGCACUACCCCGGAGAGGAUAGCCCAGAUCAUAGGUCCUCCAGACCAGUCCCAGCAUGCAGCAGAGAUCAUCACUGACCUUCUGAGGAGUGUUCAGCAGGGAGGGCCUGGCGGUCCUAACGGAGGGGGCAGGGGGAGAGGCAGGGGAGGUAAUGGUGGGGGUAACUGGAACAUGGGUCCUCCUGGAGGACUGCAGGAGUUCACCUUCACCGUCCCGACCAUGAAGACUGGACUCAUCAUCGGCAAAGGGGGUGAAACCAUCAAGGGCAUCAGCCAGCAAUCUGGGGCUCGUAUUGAGCUCCAGAGAAACCCUCCACCCAACUCCGACCCCAACAUUAAAAUGUUCACCGUCCGAGGAUCACACCAACAGAUAGACUACGCACGGCAGCUGGUCGAGGAGAAGAUCGGGGGUCCAGUCAGUCCAAUGGGUGGUCCUCACGGCCCACCAGGCCCCCACGGAGGUCCCUCUCCCCACGGGCCCCCCGGCCCACCAGGACCCCCUGCUCAAAUGGGCCCUUACAACCCCGGCCCCUACAACCAGGGACCCCCAGGACCACAUGGUCCUCCUGCUCCCUACCAGCCUCAGGGUUGGGGCAACGGAUUCCCCCACUGGCAGCAGGGACAGCCGGAUCCUGGUAAAGCCGCAGCUGACGCCAACGCGGCGGCCUGGGCAGCGUAUUACUCCCAGUACCAGCAGCAACCCCAGGCCCCCAUGACACAGGCCGGCGGCGCCCCCGGCAACACGCAGGCCAACGGGCAAGGUCAACAACCACAGGACUACACUAAGGCCUGGGAAGAGUACUACAAGAAACAAGGUCAAGCUGCCCCCCAGGCGGCAGCAGCAGCAGCAGGUGGUCAGCCAGACUACAGUGCUGCCUGGGCAGAGUACUACCGCCAACAGGCUGCGUACUACGGACAGGGAAGCCCACAGGCCAUGGGGGCCCAGCCACAAGCACCUCAGGGCCAGUAAUGUGAAGUGGACAUAAAGUAAAUGCUACAUUGUCGAAAAAAAAACAAACAAAAAGCCCUUUUUUGUUAAAUGUGUUGGAUGGUGCAGAUGACGUCUUGAUGAAGACCUUAAUUUCCUUGUUCUUGGUUGGUUGGUUGGUUGGUUGGUUAAAAAAAAAAAGAAAUAAAAAGUGUUUCACAAUAGAUGUGAUGACCACGAAAUCUACCCGGAGACACGACGCAAACACCACCACGUCCUUUGCUAUUUAUCUAUUUUUUUUUAUUUUUUUUUUGAUUAUUAUAAAAAAAAAUUCUUGUAAAUGAAAGGUUUUUUUUUUUUCAGUGAGGUAAUAUGGUGUUUCUAUUCUUCUGUCAUGUGGUUAGAGUUCCUGUUAUUAUCUUUAAUCGUCUACCAUGUGAUAUCAGCUCCAUUUUUAAAUAAUAUGCCUGUGUUUUGCAAUAAACUAAAGUGAAACCUAA